CUCCUGCGAGUUCAUUGCCGCAGGGAAUAUUCUCGGCCUUGCUAUUCUGGAGGGGUUUCGGGGUUAGGGAAAGUGGUGCUUCCGUACUGCGGGUUACUUUCCGGGUGACCCAGGCUAGGGCGUCAGGGGCCAGCGGCCACGGGUAUUGGGGAGUUAGUGCCGCAGAACCCUCGUGAUAACUGCCCUGGGGUCCCGGGCGCCUGAGGGCUGUUGGAGCGCGCCUGGGAAAGGGCAUAGUCCUUUCGGGGCUUGCACCUGGUACGGUCGGCCCCGCCCCGUCAAAUACGUAAUCAGGGCCCACCCCCUUUCUCCUCCCCCGGCGGUGAAAAACAAACAACCGCGAGUGACCCAAUUCGGUACCUCGGGCGGGCGGAUGUGGGCUACGCCCUGAUGACAGACAUGUUGACAGAGGGAGUGCCCGACGCUAACCUGAACACCGUGUGAUGAUGUUGAUGAGACACAAAAACAGUUUUACUAAACAACCAAGUUUCCCUAAACGCCAGCUCGUCUGUUUUCUUUUGCUCAUGCCCAAACUUUGCUUUGCGAUAGUUUGCCCUUAUUAGUCAGAAAGUCGUGCUACGAGCCGAGCAAUGAGCUAAGCACCCUACCCUCAAAGAGCUUAGGUUGUAAUGGAGAACGUGCACGUAAAUAGAGCAGGGGAAGGUAGCCUUGACGGAGGGACGUCUGAGCUAGCCAGGGGUUCGACUAGGCGGAGGUGGGGACUAGAGAAUUUCCCGUUCUCGCCCGGGACGGACGCUCUUAAGGACGCGUAGCCUUGGAAGUUCAGCAUACUUUUUUCACCCGAGAAAACUGAUGCUCGGGGAGCGCCUCCCCCUUUCCUCCGCCCCACCCCCAGCAGGCAGGCUGGGGAUUGGAGAAAACCGGGACGAGGCUCCGCCCACCCAAGACGGAACCGGAAGCGCGGGCCGCGGAAGCUUCGCGAGAGCCGGCACCGCCCCGUUGUCAGUGGAGCUGUCGGAGUCGGAUCGGGCACCGAGGAGGACACCGGAGGCCACCUUUCUCCUCCCUUCCUCUACCCCAGGUGGCGGCGGCGGGAUGGACCUGUCCGGGCUCCUGCUGGACGAGGAGGGCGCCUUCUCGCUCGCGGGCUUCCAAGAAUUCACGUUUCUCCCUGGACAUCAAAAAUUGAGUGAGCGAGUCAGAAAGCGACUUUACUAUGGCUGGGACCCAGAUUGUGGCCUAGAAGAACUAUCCAGUCCUGUGGCAGACAUUGCUGUGGAGUUGCUCCAGAAGGCAGCCCCCAGUCCUAUUCGCCGACUUCAAAAGAAAUAUGUAUCUCAUGUGUCCCGGGAGGCAUGUAUCUCUCCAUGUGCCAUGAUGUUGGCCUUAGUUUACAUCGAACGACUCCGGCACAGAAACCCUGAUUAUUUGCAACAUGUGUCAUCUUCUGACCUAUUUCUCAUCUCUAUGAUGGUGGCCAGUAAGUACCUGUAUGAUGAAGGGGAAGAGGAGGAGGUCUUCAAUGAUGAAUGGGGGGCUGCAGGAGGUGUGGCUGUGCCUACCCUCAAUGCACUGGAGAGAGGCUUCCUGAGUGCCAUGGACUGGAGCCUCUACACUGACCCUCGGGAGAUCUUUGAGGUGCUGAGUUGGCUGGAGGGCUGUGUUGCUGAGCAGCAGGGUCGACGCCGUGGCUGGUAUACCUACACAGACUUGUGUGUGCUGCUGGAGCAACGAACCUGGCAAUUAGCUUUGGGCUCAUUGUGCCAACACCUGACCAAGCUGGCCUGCCUGUUAGCCUUGGCUUAUGUGAGCAGUGUAGCUGUGGCUGUGGCCUCUGUGACUGUCCUGCACCAGACCCUGGGGCUGCACGGCACUCCUCCACCAGGGCCCCCUGAUGUUGGUUGUCUUGCCCCCAAGUGCCCACUGGGGCCUUGUUCUCUGUCCUCAGCUUCUGUUCCACAGUUCUUAUCCCCUUCUGCUAACACUUCCCAAAAUCUAGUGGGGGAAAUGGGACUGCAUUCACUGUGGGGGCGUCUUCUGGCUACACUGACUCCUUCUCCAGUGCCUCCACCACCAUUACCAGGCACCUUGACUUCUCAGCCCUGCCCCCUUUGUCGGCAGCUCCAGAUAGACUCCCCAACCCACCAUGCCUGUCAGUGUACCAACCAUACGACCACAAGGCCUUUCAGCCCCUGGUAUCCUCCACCUGGCCAAGCCCCACCCUGGCCCUGGAGCCCUGUGGCUCCGGUGCUCCCCCAGACACAACAGUGCUCCUUGUUUGGUGCUAUGGAGCUGGCCCGGCUCAAAUCCUUUAUCUUUCCUGGAUAGUAAGAGACUCUGGAAAUGUGUUAUGGGGAGUUAGGUUGCCCUGGGGGACUUCUAGGACAAAGUGACAUCCAUUGAUUGGGAAAGAGGGAUUUAAAAACUGAUUUCAAUUCUCUCUUCCUUUCUGGACCCUUUGUUCUCUUUCCUCUAAGGGGAAAGGUAAAUGGGGUGGUUGUGGCAGCGAGGUGAAGAAUAUGUUGUCUUUGUGGCCUUUGCCUAUGACUCCGUGGCCGGGGGCCACAGAAUUGGCUUUGUGAUGUCACCUGGGAAGGCUCCAUCCUGGUGACCUGUGUGAUGUCACAUGUGGAAGGCCAGGGGGAGGACUCUUCCACCUUUCUGAGGCUUUUCUAGAAUUGAUUUUUGCUCUUGUUAAUUAAGAUGAGCAGGCAAGUGUGAGAGUAGGGGGACGACUUGAGGCUGGUCUAUGUGAAGUCCCUAGGGCUUGAGUGCUAAGGGAUGAUAGGACCAGGGAGCUGGAGGGGGGCUCUGGAAUAACAUUGGGCCCCUUUUGAGCCCAAACUAGGGGGUUCUUAGCCUUCAGCCUCUGUCCUCCAGGGCCCCCUGCCCACAUACUCUACUCUUUGUCGGCUCUUCUCCCCUGUGUCUCUUUCCUCAGGUCUCUGACCCCUUGGUUUUACUUGGUUGCUUUUUCCACGCUUUUAUAGAAGAAUUUGAGGUUUCAAUAAACAGUUUCAGUUGCA